AUGGGCAGAGAGUGUAUCCCACAAUUCACUAUUUACAACAUAUUCAUUGGUUUGUGCUUCACCUCCAUUUUCAUCCUAUCACUGCUCGGUAAUUCGAUAGUCGUACUCACUAUCACCAAGCUUCAACGACGUGUCACACAGUCAAUCACCAAUAUAUUACUGUUGAAUUUAGCAAUUGCCGAUUUGUUACGAUCAAUAAUUUGCAUACCACCAACCUUAAUGAGUGAAAUAUCACAAUGCUGGUUGCUCGGACCGCAUGUGUGCAAAUUUGCUGCAUACUUGCAGCCUGUGACAGUUUGCGCAUCAGCCUAUACAUUAGCCUUAAUUGCGCUAGAACGUUAUUACGCAAUAUGUCGUCCAUUGGAGUCGAUGAUUUGGCUUUCAAAGCGGCGUUUGCUAGCACUCAUAUCGUUUGUUUGGCUUACUGCAUUUGGGAGUAAUAUUGGCGCACUUGUGAUUUAUGAUGCUAUUCCUUACAAAACACAUUGGAGUUGUCGUUCCACUGCUACUCCUUUGACAGAUUUUUUAUAUCAGAUUCAUGUUACACUGCUACUGUUAUUCAUACCACUAACAAUUAUGUUGCUUUUAUAUUGCAAGGUAAUCAAAACUCUUCAUCCAGACAAUCAGGUAGAAGUAAAACCAGAAAACUAUCACAAUUAUGCAGCGGAAUGUUGUCGAAAUCGAAAGAGAUUAUGUUCAAGUUGGUUUUUUCCAUCAUUUACCGACCAAAACAAUAAGGAGCUCAAUAUCGAUUAUGAUACUUGGGUAAAGGAUCGGAAACGGGAAAAUACCGCUCGAAAUGUAACGUGUAAUGUGCCAUGUAAAAGGCCCUGUAACUACAAUGCUCGAACCAAGUCGCUUUUCAGCUUCAGCAGUGCUCCUGAAUUCCAAUCAUCGAUUAGUGGAAGUGCUAAUUAUAAGCAUGGUUAUAUGCUUCGAAGCAACCGUCAGGAAAAAAUAAUUGAAGCGAAACGACGUGUGAUUAGAAUGUUAAUUAUCAUUGUUAUUGCUUUUGUUAUUUGUUGGUCACCGAGUUUUAUUUGGUGGCUUACAAUUAGGACAUCUGAUCUCGUUCAGAUUCACUUGUGGAACAGAAGGGCGAAUGCGUAUAUAACACUACUGACGCAUAUAAGUGCAUGUGCAAAUCCGAUAACUUAUUGUUUUAUGAAUGAAAGGUUCCGGAAAAAUAUUACUACCUAUCUGUGGGCGUGCACAUUUCAAGCUUGUAAAGAACCUCUCCAGGAAAAGUCUCCAACAAAUCAGUACAGAUUACGACGAGUGAAAUUUAUGACACAUUACAAUGGUGAUUUGUUUAGUAGUGGAAGUAACUUGGAGCAAGCAGUUGCUGUGAUUCCCUUUUUAUCUAAUGAUAAUUUGUGA